AUGGCGGCGUUACGAGUUGAUCAACUGAGGGAGUUAGAGGAGAUUUUUGCAAGGUUCGACAUGGAUUCCGAAGGCAGUCUCACCGAGCUCGAGCUGCCGGCGCUGCUCCGGUCGCUGGGGGUGAAGCUGUCGGGCGAUCAGAUCCGUGUCCUGCUAGCCAGCAUGGACUCCAACGGCAACGGUGCGGUGGAAUUCGACGAGCUGGUGAGCGCUAUACUGCCUACAUUUAAACGAGAGAUAACGGUGAACGAAGGAGAGCUCAUGGAGGUUUUCCGGUUGUUCGACCGCGACGGAAAGGGGUUCAUCACUGCGGUGGAGCUCGCCGGUUGCAUGGACAAAAUGGGUCAUCCGUUGACGCACAAGGAGCUGAGGGAGAUGAUGAGACAGGCGGAUUCUGACGGGGAUGGUGUUAUUAGUUUCAGUGAAUUUUCAUCUAUAAUGGCUAAGUUGGCCAUGGAUUUUCUAGGCGUUUCUUUUUCCACAUAUUAACCGAAAAAUAUAUAAGUUUUUGUUAGG